AUGACAACAAAAGAAUCAUCAUCGCCACAAAGAUCGAUGGUUGUUUCUAUUAAUGGUGGAUUUGAAAUCCAAAAUGAAGAUGAUUAUACAGCUAAACAUUUAAAAGAAAAACAACAAUCGCAGUCAGAUGAUGGUGAUAACGAUAAUAAAUCGACCAUAAAAGACUCAAAAGUUACACACACAUCAACAGAAUCCAAACAAAACUCAUUGAAACCUGAAGCAUCUCGUCAUCCUCCUGCAUCACCGAGUAGGCCGAAGUCAUCAGACACGACGAAACGAUCUGAUAAUAAUUCAACAUCAAAAUCAUUGUCUUAUAAUAGAAAUAACUCAUCAACAAAUAAUCAGCAAAGAACAAAAAGUGCGACUGUUUCAAAAUCUAUAGAAUCAUUUAUAAAUAAGCCAUGCAGUAUCGACUUUGAUGAAUUGAAUCGAAAAGCAGCUGAAAAAAAACGGGCAGAGAUGAAAGAAGAACGUCGUAAGAAAGAAGAGGCUGACGCAAAACGAAAAGAAGAAUUAGCAAGAGCGAAGGAAAAAUUCGAACAAUGGGUACAGGAUAAAGAUGCUGAACGUAGACGACUCAACGAAGAAAAACGUAUGGAAAAAGAAGAACAAGAAGCUCGUGAAUUACAAUGUCAAAAAGAAUUAGGAGAAUUAAGAGAGAAAAAAUAUAAAGAAUGGAUUGAACGUAAAAAUCGAGAAGUAACAAUGGCAAAUGAAUUUAAAAAAUUACAAGCGGAUGAAGAAGAACAGAUGUCCGGUGGAUCAUCUUCAUCAAUUCAUAAUCCUAAUAAACAAAAUGAUCAUCGAGCAUUUCGUCGUUGGCUUCGUCGAAAAUAUGAACAAUCAAAAGAAGAAAAACGACAAUUACGUCUUGAAACUCGACGUUUACGUCAACAUCAGCGUCGUUCAAUAAAACGACAUCAACUACAACAAGAUCUUCAAUUAGCAAAAUCAUUUGGAUACACAUGA